UGAUCAUCCACCCUGUAUGGGACAUGCCAUGAAAGUAGCCGCCAUUCGAUCCAGUCAAAAAUCUACACCUUUUCGCAAAAAUAGGUGAUACUUCUACCUUAGGUUAUUGGCAAGCUGUUGAAAAUCGCGCAUCAUCAAGCCUGAUGUGGCUCUCAUCAGCUACAACGAACUUUUUUCUCGGUAUCACUAUUCUGUUACAACAUGUCUCUGCAGAUAUUUCAUACGGAAGACGGCUUCCUGCCCUUGCAGUAUCCAGGAAUAUCAGAAGCUAUGCGACGUGGUGUUGCAAGGUAUCAGAAGCCUGUUGAACCAUCAGAGUCCAACAAGCCUAAGGUUGGGUUGCUGACACAAACGAUAACACCAAGUCCGACAAUACAAUUUGUUCUGCCUGCGCGACUACGAAGCAAGCUGCAGAAUGACGUCGUCUUUGUCGGGGAGAGAUCAUUGCUUUUACGAGAGAUCGUUAUGGAUAGCUACUUGGAAGAUGUCUCGGUAAAAUCGGAUUUUGACGCAAACAUCAUGGCUGUAAAAGCCCUCAAGGUCUUUCAUGAUACGCCUUUGAAUGUCGAAACGGAAUUAGUUGCUCAAAUUGGUUCUUUAGAAGAAAUCCAACCAGCAGAAGAGUUUCCCACCGAUCUUCUAGUUCUCACCCUAGAUUCUAAAGAAUUAAUCUUCUUAUAUUAUCACUGGAACUUUGAGCGUCAAACCGGACAUUUUGUUCAAUUCCGAAGAGCACUCCCAUGUGAUGUGAGUAUCACAGAGAGAUUUGGUCGUCAUUUGGCAGUUGAUCCCAGAUCUCGUGCUAUUGCUAUUGCUGCUCCAGGGAACUUUUUCGGGGUGUUCUUACUCAAAUCACCUGCGGAACUUCAAUCUCAAAUGAAAAACAAAACCUUAGAUCCUAUCAGGGAGGAAAGGUUCUUCCGCAUUGAUGGUGACAUCAUUUUCAUGGAUUUUCUGUACCCAGAGAGUGAAAAUGAUAACAAAAUCAUCCUUCUUUUUAUCAUUGCUAAAGGUAUCCAUACGUUGGCCAUGUGCUAUGAAUGGAAGUCAGCAAACACGCUUCGACAGGCUCGACCGAGGAUUGUAAUGAAAAAGCUUCCAGAGAGUUGCAGACUGCCGAGUCUACUCAUCCCAUUGACAAAAUCGACGUCCUUUAUUGUUGUUGCGACGACAUUCUUCAUGAAAUACACACAUUUUACUAGUCCCAAGAAUACAAGUUCACGGCAUCUAAUCAAUGCAGUAUCAACAAAAUUACCCAUGUUAUGGACAAAAUGGGCUCGUCCAUACCGUCACCAAACAUACAGCAAAUCCCAUGAUGAUAUAUACCUUUGCCGGGAGGAUGGGCUUCUUUGGUAUUUUAGCUUUACUGCUGGAGGCGAAAUCGAGGCCCUCAAUUCUUGUGGCUGGCUUGGGUGUGAUGUAGAUGGUGCAUUCGAUACAAUUGACUUCAGCGACCCCAAUCACGGAGGGGAUCUCCUCCUAGCCGCCGGUCAUACAGGCCAUGGGGGGCUAUUUAUUCAAACAGCGAGACAAGACUCGGCCUGCGUUCAAAGGUUCGUGAACUGGGCCCCAAUACUAGAUUCUGCCUUGGUGCCUUCAACAUCGAAUAAAUUACGCAAGGGAUUAGGCCCGGUAGGACAUACGAGUGACAGUGAUCAUCUUUAUGUCUGCUCGGCAUCAUCCAAUGAGGGUGCCGUAUAUGAAUUUAGGUACGGCUAUGAGGCUCAAAUUGGAUGGAUCAUUCCUCUCGAUGAUCUCUCUAGCACGCGAUAUAUAUGGUGCAUGCCUGAUAUCUCUGAUGAAGGAACAUACUUACUUGUUUCCGACCCUAUUACUUCAACGCUUCUAUAUAUUCCUCGUAAAGAUGGCGGCGAAAUUAACGCCGUUGACGACUUGAACUCGGCACUAGACUACGCUGCACAGACCAUUGCGGCAGGCUAUACACCGGAUGGCAUCUUAGUACAAAUAACCAGCAAUUCUGUGCGUCUUACAGUGCCUGGUAACACGACGUUUAAUCUGGUGGAAAUUGUUGGAGCCGAUCAGACUAUUCUCAAUUCCGUCGUCAAUGGCAGACUAGCACUAUUAGCUAUGGCCGUAAAGUCCGAUCAGGGAAUCAAAAUGCAGAUUGGCAAAAUAUCUUUGAAGGAAGGCACUCUCGUGAUCGACAACGUUGGUGAACUUGGUAUCAAGGAUGAACCCACAUCUAUCUUGAUCGAAAUUGUAAAUGAUGAAAUUUUCCUCUUCUUAGGGUCAGGUGAGGGCCGUAUUGAUUGCUACGAACUGCAUCAACGCGAAGUCCUUUUUCUUGGGGGCUUUACCUUGAGUUUGACUGGAGACGACCUUUUGAAAGUCAUAGAGAGUAUGAGUAUUGUUACUUGGCAGGAUGCGGAUAAUACAUUUCUACUCUGUGGACUCCGAAGUGGCUUACUUGUUCCCGUUGGAAUUACAUUGGACACAGAAAGCUUAGAGACUUCAUUUGACUCGAAGCAGUACCCUGAACACAGACUAGGCCAAACGGUGGUCAAGUUAAGUAGGAAAGACAAAACCGUUGUAGCCACUUGUGGGAGCGGUUUUUGGUGCAUAUCUAACAUCAAUGCUGAUACUUUGGAUUUCGACCUUCAGCAAAUUUGGAUAACCGAUCAAAAUAAUCCUGCAUACGCUCAGAAGAGCGUCGACGUCUUCACCGUUAUUGAUAGGCCAACCGAGUCAAGCUCGACUACCCUAGAUGGAUCGUUAGUCUGCAUUAGCGAUGGACAACUUUUAAUCUGCGCCCUAGACCGAUUUGCCAAAGCCAUUCCCCGCAAAAUCGACCUGCCGGGUUCUGCCAAUAGGAUAACAUAUUCCGAGCAUUUACAGAGCCUUGUGGUAGCCUACAACAUAACAGAAACAGUCGAAUCUGAAACAGGACCCGUCAAAAGAUACACGCGUCCCUACUUGGAAUUUAUCUACCUAGAUUCACACAACUCGAAUUUACUAUCCUCACAAAGUUCACAACAAGAUGGGGACCCAAACCUUUGGAGACCCUCGGGUUCAUCUGGAGAGAAAAUCACAUGCAUCCUAGACUGGAUGCCCGAGAAUAAUGGGAGAAAAUAUCAUUUCAUUGUGAUUGGCACCGCAAGGAAUACCAAAGAGGAUAAAGGACGAAUUAUCUUCUUGAUUGCAAAACGCAGCAAAACCAAUCCUACUCAAGUGGAAUGUUCAGUGAAGCACAUCCAUCCAUUCGACGGCCCCGUACGUGCUGUUGCCGCAUACGGCGACUUCACUCUAAUGGUAGCCUCUGGAAAUGACAUUAUCCCAAUCGAGCCAGACCUGCCCGAUAAAGAAAAACAAUGGGCCACGUCCGCACGAUUCAAACUAACUUCACCGGGAAUCUCUAUCACAGUGCGCAAGACAUUCCUCUAUGUGAGCACCGCCCGAGAAUCCCUCGUCGUCCUCCAAGUCGUGAACAACAAAUUAGAACUUCACGCGCAGGACGGAGCAAGGCACGAGGGCCUAUCCCAUUACCGCAUUGGCGGGCCAUCGAAACUCAUUCUUUCAAGCCGGAGAGGGGGCACAUUAAGCCUAUUCUCCGAAACCAAGAUCACAAACACCAACAAACUACUCUCCCCUGCAAUCGCCGAAGCCAAUCUCCCAGUAUCAAUCAUCAGACUUAAUCCAUACACCAAACCUUCUAUCCUUCCUUCCUCAACAGCUGUCUAUGGCACCGCAAUGGACGGAACAAUCUACCGCAUCAUGACCAUCAACGAGAACGAAUGGCGCUUGCUUCGUUUCGUCCAGAACCUCUGCUCCAGAGACCCAAUCGUCUCCCCAUUCCUAUCUUCGCGAAAGAGCCGGUGGACAUGGCGUGAUAUCAUUCCGCAGUUCAAGACACCAUCACAGAUGCAUGUUGACGGUGACAUACUCUCGCGUCUUCUCCCAUACGGCUCCAGUCAUCUGCGGGCUAUGCUUGAUGCUGAUUCGAGAUCAUUUCAAGUGGAUGCAUCGAUUCCGCUGCCAGAGACAACUUGUAUGGGGCUUUUUGAAGAGUAUUUCGGAGAGGUGUUUGGUGAAACAUCGCUACAUGAUGAUGACGAUGAUGAUGCGGUUUCGCAUUUUAUACAUUGGCUGCGCAAAGUAUUGCGGUCUUUCUGAAUGGACAGACCACUGUGCCAGUUUAAUGUCGAGUGACGGGGAGUUCAUACUGGAUCCCUCUUUGCACUGAUAUAAUCUGAAAUGUCUCUAGACAUAAUAUAUAUUCGAGUAAUUUAAUGGCACAUCUG